AUGCCAUCCAGUACCUCAUCUUCUUCUACCAAGUCAAUCAUCAAAUCCCGUGGAAUCAAGAAGAUUGAGAAGAGACUCACUGCUACUCAAUACGUCAGAAAGUAUACAGAAAUGCUGGUGCUUGGAGUCAGAAGAACAUAUGCUCUCGAACGACUGGUCGAUGCUGAAUGUCCGAUUCGCGCCUUCGAAGAAAACCUCACGGAGAAGGUUCUGGAGAAACACAUCGCUCCAUUGGGUAUGUACACCUUCCAUCUCAACAAAUUGGCUCAGAAAUUCGAUAAAAUCAGAAGGAAGGACCUGAUCAACGCUCAACGGAAAGUGGCAGAAUCGAGAGAAUGCAAUGCAUACAUCGAAAAUCAAAAAAUGAUUCUGGAACAGAAAACUCAAGCAGAAAUCCAAGACUUCAACCUCUUCAACUCCAACAUCAUCAUCUUCUUCAUUGUUUUCUUCUCCAACGUCGCAAUGAUACAAUUUACAUUUUUCUUCAUACAAGUUUCCCUUUUUAUAUCCUAUCUCUCUUUCUAA